AAUAUCAGAAUGUAUGUCAGAAUAGUUAUUUGUGAUAUGAGUGUUAAAAGUAGCUUUUUAUUUUGUGAGUGAAAAAGUUUGCGAAACGAUCGUAGCGAGUUGAGCAAUUCCACGAAUAAACACAAACACGAAAUUUUAAUAUAUUAGAUAACAUUGAUCUAUUUUCCUAAACAUAAUCUAAAUUUAUUGGUUCCUUGAUGACUUAUUUGAACUAAGUCGAUUCAAAAUUCCAGCUGAUGCUUCUAUUCAAAAAAAGAAAACAGGAGUAUUUUUCACAUUGAUGACCUUGUCAAAAAUUGACAUUCACGAAAUACACAUUUGAGAUAAAUUAUGUCGAAAAUAAUUACAAAUGAGACAAUAGAAGAGUUAAAACCUCUCAAGGUCAUAAUUCAUGGACCACCAGCUUCUGGAAAGACAAAACUUGCUGAAAGACUAUGCCAGCAUUAUGGGGCUCAUUACAUAUCUGUCAAAACUAUGAUAGAAGAAACUCUGGAAGAACUUCAUCAGAAUAUCGAAAGAGAAAACGAAAAAAUUCGGCUGAAAGCUAAGAAAGUUGCCAAGGAAAAGAAAGAUGAAGACGAAGAAGAUGAAGACGACGAAGAAGACGAAGAAAUUGAGGAGGAAGAUGAAGUGAAUGUAGAUGUUGAAGACUGGCAGGAACAGAUUAAGGAUAUAAUGACGCUGAUAGACAAAAGUGAAAAUAAGCGUCUCCCAGAUGAGUAUGUUGUGCGGUUGAUGAAAUCAUUUUUGGCCAAAGAGUUGUGUCAAACUCGCGGAUAUGUUUUAGAUGGAUUUCCGAAAACUAUCGAACAGGCAAAGGAGAUAUUCGGGCAGGCCGCCGAAGGAGGAAAUCAAGAAGAAGGGGGUAAAAUUGGUGUAGAAGUUCCGGGAGAAGGUGGUGCAGGUGAGGAUGGAACCGAAGCCAAACAAGUAGGUUCGCUGAUAGGUAAUGCUAGCGAUAAAAUUAUUCCUGAUUAUGUCAUCAGUUUAGAGGCGACAGAUGAAUUCCUUUGUGAAAGGGUUAUGAAACUUCCUCAAAGACUAAUACAGGGUACCCACUACGAUGAGGUGAACAUGCUGAGAAGAUUGGCGGAAUUUCGAGAAAACAACAAUGAAGAAAAAAGUGUUCUUAACUUCUUCGACGAAGUUGGAAUUCAUCCAUACCUAGUGAGUUUGGUUGAUGAAGAGACACAAGAAGAAAGAGAUCUGGAUUGUAUAUUUGAUUUUGUUUGUGGCAUUUUUGGUAAACCAAUACCUGGAUUUGGGUUAACUGCGGAAGAGGAGGAUACAAUUAGAAAAUUGGAGAUGGAACAAAGACGGCUACUAGAGGAAGAGGGUCGAAUUGAGAAGAGAUUAUUGGAAGAAAAGGCGGAAAAAGAACACCAAGAAAAAAUGGAAAAAUGGACAGAAACAUUCGAAAUGCUUCAAAAAGAAGAAGAGAAAAUAUUAAUUGCUCAAAGUGAACCACAACGUUCCUAUUUGAUGAAAUAUAUAUUUCCUACACUAUCUAAAGGUUUGAUCGAGGUUGCUAAAAUGAAACCUGAGGAUCCUGUUGACUUUCUUGCGGAAUUUUUGUUCAGGGAAAAUCCAGAAGGAAAAAUGUUCGAUCCCUCAUAUACACGUAAAGGAGAGAAGAUUUUGAAACAGUGUGAAGAAAUUCAACCAACUCUAGAACAAGCUAGAAGUUCCAUGUAAAAUUUAGUGUUUGUUUUCAUUAUAACAAUAUGAUAAUACUA